AUGAAGAUCUUGUUACUCUUUGCUGUUUUCUUCUGGGUGGUCCAAGAAAACUCAGGGGACAUACCACCUGGAAUCAGAAAUACUAUCUGCCUCAUGCAGAAAGGCCACUGCAGACUUUUUAGGUGCCGUUUUGGUGAGAAAAAGGGGGACAUCUGCUCUGACCCCUGGAACAGAUGCUGCAUCCCCAUUUCCCUUAACAACGGAGAUAGAUAA